AUCGGAUUAUAGUUGCAUUUCUAAGCAACCGUCUUACAUUUUUCCACUCUGACCGGAGCACUCUCAAGCACAACUCUAGAUAAGUAUCGCUUUCCUACCUGUAGUUCUAUGCAGCGUUCAGAUAAAUCUGCUACACUACCCUCGACGAUCCUCUCAUCCCCGCCAACUAUAUUAGCCCUUCUAUCUAGACAUUUCCUAACAACCGCCUUUUCUGAGCCCGAACAAAUCUACAGUCCAAGAUGGAACAGUUCGAAUUCCACCCCUCGACCACCCACCCUCUCACCAACACCGCGCGUAAAUGGGAACCCCUCGAACCCGGAAUAUCACAAAUGACUCUGAACAAAGACCCCAGCACAGGACGCGCAACGUACUUGCAAAAAUGGCAGCCAAACACAGAGAAUCAGAUCCAAAACUUUGUGCACGACUACAUUGAAGAAAUCUUCAUUGUUGAAGGGGAUUUCCGGGAUCUGAAGGGGCGACAGAAUGGGAGUGGUAUUAUUCAGGAAGGGAAAGAAGGCGAUGUGUGGACCAAGGGAAGCUAUGCGUAUAGGAAGCCUGGGAUGGAACAUGGACCGUUUCGAAGCGAAGGGGGUUGUUUGAUGUUUAUCGUUUGUAUUCCUUCUACUUGAGCUUGGAAUUUAUUUGCUGCACGCAUGAAGUACUCUAUCGUAUCCUACGAACCAAUGUGGUGAAUACAGCUUACUUUGUACAAAAUUGCCUGAACUUUCAAGAGAGAUCCCGUCGUACUUGAGCCACCUGAAGCGACUACUUCCCAUACAUUCCCUUGUACGCCGACUUCCGGGCACUCUGACGCGUCCCUGGUGUCUGCACCUGACUGGGCGUCUGGAGUUCACCGACCA